AAAUUUCAUACGCCAGUUUGUCGUUGGUUGUGGUGCGUUACUGUGUGUAUUGUGGAAAAUCUUCGAAACUUAAGAAUAUAACGUAAUUUUACAGAGAGGUGUUAAUAAGCUGUUUUGCUGUAUCAUUAUUAACUACACUCAGUAGUGAAUUGAAGCUGAUAAAUUUUCUGUAAUUAUCUGUAACUUUUCGGAUUUGUUUUAUGUUUGACUCAAGGCGUCAUUUAGAUAUGGAAGAUUUUUUUCAGAAUACGAAAGCAAAAUGGGGAGAUAGUGAUGAAGAGACAUCUGGAAAAGAACAAAGAACUACAAACCAGUUUUUGCUGUUCUGUGAUUUAAUUCUGAAAUAUGAAAAAUACAAACCUCAUAAAGAAAUGAAAGGGGCUGCCUUUUCUGCAGCUCUGUGGUUGAAUAUUCAGGAAAUGGAUAAUAGUGUAUAUUCACCAAGCAGCUCAGAGCGAACUAAUGAUAGUUUUUCAUCAGAAAGUAAUAGUAGUUUCAGCAGUAAUGGAAUAGCUAAUGAAGACAGAAAAAGUCCAAAUUCUGACACUGAUGAUGACUCUUGGGAUCUAAUUACUUGCCAUUGUAUGAAGCCAUUUGCAGGUCGUCCUAUGAUUGAAUGCACAAUGUGUGAGACAUGGCUUCAUAUGUCUUGUGCCAAAAUUAGGCGCAAUAAUAUUCCUGAUGUUUUCAUUUGCCAAUUUUGUCGAGAGGCAAAAAGAAGCAAGCGUCGUUCUGAGAGGAUACGCAGUGAUGAUCGGAGAUUGCUUAGUGCAUAAGUUAAACUGUCAUAUUUUAUGUUAAUAGACAUUUCCUUGUCUGUAAAUAGAUUUUUAUGUCAUGUCAGUAUCAUCGUUUCUGUUCCAUGCUGUAAUUAAAAAGUGCCAGCCUAUUGAAAGUGAUCAUAUAAUGAGAUUUGUAUUCCAAAAUACAUCUGGAAUGUGUUUUUAUCAGAAUAUUGUAAAGCAUCGUGAAAGAUUCAAGCCAUAGCUCAGUGUUUUUGUAUGAAUAUAUGUAAAUCGAAUUCUUUCUGAAAGUUCGUUGAUUUGCAUUGUUUUGAAUUUUUAAAUUACUUGUUAUAUGUUUUGUUAUGCUUUUAUAUAUGCAAGGAAAGUAUUUACAUUAAAAGAUAUUUAGUAUAACAAAUGUAAAUUCUUUUAUGUUAUGUUAUAAAUAUCAAGUAUGUUGAAGUAUGUUUCAGCAGUGUUAAAAGUGGAGUGAGUAUAGCAUGCAAUAGCAUUGUUUUUGUAGAAAUGUUGCAUUUUGCUUACAGAUAUAAUUUGGAAAGUGCAAAGACUUUAUAAUAUUAGUAUUGUAGAUAAAAUAGGGCAGAAAUAUAUCAUUUAAUGUUCGUUAUAGUUAUGCAAACAUCGAAGUUCUGUUUAAAAUUCACAAUUUUCUUUUACAUAUUAAAUUCAAUUAAUUUAUGAAGUCAAUAUGUUUAAAAAUCUGUCCAUAUUUUCUUAUUUAAAAUUUUAAAUAAAUUAU